AUGGAGGAAAGGAAAGGAGAUCCGAGAAUUUACGUCGCCGUAGCUCUAUUUUCUGCAUGUCUUGUUUCUGGUGGAGCUCUUCUUGCUCUUUACAUGUUGCUUCCUAUAAGCAACGUAAGAUCAUGGUAUGCCAUCUCAGGAAUGAUUCUAGUCGCCGCGCCAUGGGCAUUUUGGUUUCUAACCUACAUUUACCGAUGCCUUAGACCUGUUGACUAUACAGUUUCUGAACCAAGCAAAUCCCCUGUAGGAUCCCCAUUUUCGCGCAAAGAAGGUGCUGCAAUGUCACCAAGGAAUCCACCGUUUGAUGAUGAGCCCCGGAGGCCUUCUUCAGAUGGUAUACGCCACGUGCAUUUUGGUGGGGUGGUGGUUGUGAGCGAUGACGUUGAUAACAACGGUGGUCACCAAGGUCGACUUACGCAUUCAGAAAUCAAGCAUGAAGAGGAGAAUUCUGUUAAUUCCAGGGAAAGUGAGAUCCCUCUACCUUUCUUUGUUGUCCCAAAAAAGUGA